GUGUCCUAGCCGUGCCAGCCAUUUUGGCCUGUGAGGCCCAUACGGAGAUUCUGGGUCUGGACCAGCUCGGGAGGAGUGGUUGUGGUCAUAGCACACAGGCGGAUCUGAGGCUCGGCGACGCCACUGGUCGCAACCCGGGACAGGACAACCACAGGAACACCGCCGAGCCCGCGUCCUCCCGCCCGCCAACAGAGUCAUGGCUGCAGCGGCCGCUCUGAGAGACCCCGCUCAGAGCAGUGUGACCUUUGAAGACGUGGCUGUAAACUUUUCCCUGGAGGAAUGGAGUCUUCUUAAUGAGGCUCAGAGAUGCCUGUACCGUGACGUGAUGCUGGAGACCUUGACACUUAUAUCCUCCCUGGGUUGUUGGCAUGGAGGGGAAGAUGAGGCAGCACCUUCUAAGCAGAGCACUUGUUUACAUAUAAACAAAGACCAGGGAGGUCAUAGUGGAGAAAGGCCUUAUGAGUGUGGGAAAUAUAGGAAAUUAUUUAAGAACAAGUCCUGCCUCACUGAACCCAGAAGAGAUCACAAACACAGGAAUGUUCGCACUGGAGAAAGACCUUACGAGUGCAGCAAAUAUGGGAAUUUAUUUCACCAAAACCCUACAGUCCAUAUUUGUGAGAGAUUUCAUACUGGGCAAAAGACCUACGAAUGCAGUGAGUGUGGAAAAUCAUUUCACCAAAGCUCUUCACUCUUGCAGCAUCAGACACUUCAUGCUAGAGAAAGGCCUUAUGAGUGUAUUGAAUGUGGGAAAGCCUUUGCUGAAAAGUCCAGUUUCAUUAACCACAGGAAAGUUCACUCUGGAGCAAAGCGUUAUGAAUGCAAUGAAUGUGGAAAGUCCUUUGCUUAUACAUCUAGUCUCAUUAAACACAGGAGGAUUCACACUGGAGAGAGGCCUUAUGAGUGCAGUGAAUGUGGGAGAUCCUUUGCUGAAAACUCCAGUCUUACUAAACACUUGAGAGUUCACACAGGAGAAAGGCCUUAUGAAUGUGGUGAGUGUGGAAAGUCAUUUCGCCGAAGCUCUUCACUCUUGCAGCAUCAGAGAGUUCACACUAGAGAAAGGCCUUACGAAUGUAGUGAAUGUGGAAAAUCCUUUAGCUUAAGGUCCAACCUCAUUCACCAUCAGCGAGUUCAUACUGGAGAAAGGCAUGAAUGUGGGCAGUGUGGGAAAUCCUUUAGCCGAAGAUCUAGCCUUAUUAUACAUCUGAGAGUUCACACUGGAGAAAGGCCUUAUGAGUGCAUUGAAUGUAAGAAAUCCUUUGCUGAAAACUCCAGCCUUAUUAAACACUUGAGAGUUCACACUGGAGAAAGGCCAUAUGAAUGCAUUGAUUGUGGAAAAUCAUUUCGCCACAGUUCUUCGUUCCAUCGCCAUCAGAGAGUUCAUACUGGAAUGAGGCCUUAUAAGUGAAGCAAAUUUUGGAAAUUUUCUUGCCCAGGCUUUUUGCUCCUUCAAGGCGAGAUAGUUCACACCGAAUCAAGGUGUUAUGAGUGUGGCAAAUGGGGAAUAUUCUUUAGCUGUAAUGCUAGCUUCUUUACAUAAAAGAGUGCUACCACUGAAGAAGGGCCUUUUGAGUGCAAUGAAUUUGAGAAAGCCUUCGCCCUCUCUCAUUGGUUACCGGAAUAUUUACAUGAGGAAAAUACCACAGAUGGGGAGGCAAUAUUAUUUCUUCUUCAGUUUAACACUGGAGGAGACCCCUUAUGAGGAUGCCAUCUGCCUAAAUUGAAUGUGCCAUAGAUCAAAUAGCUGCAUACAUUCCAGGUAUAUCGGAACCACGUAGUAUUUUUCAACCUGCCCAGGUCUCUUGCUAGACUUCUGUGACUGACAGUUCACUUCUAAAAAGCAUUUCACCUUUACCACUUGGCAGGUGCCCACAGUACAUCAUUCGCCUAACUCAUCAUGAUCCAGAAGUAACUUUGAUUUUGUUUCAUUCAACAGAGGGAUUUUUAGUAUCCUCAGUACUCAUUCUAUCCUCAUUUCUUUCUCUCCAAUGAGUUAGGCCAUGAAACUGACUCAUUUUUGGCACAGAGGACUCUUCUGAUAACUUGAAAAGAUAGACUGCCUUUUUCAGGGAUCUUUUGGAUCUCACGGAAUUCUUAAGAUGGAAUUUUCCAGCCUGCCAGUCAUGAAUCUCAGACAGCCUGCCACCUAUUGCCCUGAUUUGUGUUAUAAUAAAGGCCCUGUUGCUUAAGACACCUUCAGUCUUUGCAAGAGGGCAUGGAAGCUCCAAGCGCUUUUCUCAUAGUUUACCCUAUGCAUCUCUAUCUGCACCUUUUGUACUAUUUAUAAUUAACCAGUAAAUUAUUUUCCCUGA